UCUAGCCCGUAUAUCUAUUUUUAGUGAACACAGACUUCAAGACCAAAAUGGCGACCCUGAAGGACGCCCUGACUAAUGUCCAGUGUCUGGAAACACUGGCUCUUCCUGAUGAGCAACCUACUAUAGAGGGAGAGCCAACUUCAAUUGUCUAUGAUGUGUCUUUUGAUACAAAUUUCGCUGAUAGAACAGCCUUUAUUACAGGCAUUGGAAAGUACAAUGAAGAAGCAACUGUUUGCUCCAAUCUGAAUCUUAUUUUGGAUGAAGGCGAGAGCUACGCAGGUCUACUGUACACAUGGAGGAGCCUGUCACGAGCCGUUCCAGCUAUCAAGGCUAAUGAGCAGGCUGAUCGCCGAAUGGAGAUCUACGAAAAAACUGUGGAAGUUCUGGGCCCUGAGGUUGUCAAGGCGAAACAGCUAAUGCGCUUUGUUCAGACGGCUGCUACAAGGUUCACCGAGGAAGUACGUCAACUGGCCCACCCUGAGAAAAGAAAGGACUUUAUCUCUGAGACGUACCUACUCACGUUAGCCAAGCUCAUCAACAUGUUUGCUACCCUAGACGCACUCAAGAACAUGAAAGCUUGCAUAAACAAUGAUCUGGCUUGCUACAAGAGAGCCGAGGGUAUUCUCAAUAGAGGCAAUGUCGAUGCUUUUGCUCUGGAGGAGUCACAAAGCCUCUCCAUUUUUUUUGCUACUAACAGCAGUGUCACCAACCUCCUCAAGAAACAGCUGGAAGAGGUACCAGGUUAUGAAGAAAUUAUAGUGGAGACCAUGAACCUGUGCUGUCACUACUUUGAAAACCACAUGUACAUGGUAUCCAGGGAGAAGUACAUGCUCCUCAAGGCACUGGGAUACGGCCUGCUCUUGCUGGACAGCAAUGUCAUAAACGUGAACCGCCUGAAGAAACUAAACCUGUCAAGAGUUGACAAGCUUUUCAGGAAUCUUCCAGUGGCCCCUCUCUAUGGAGACGUUCAGAUUCGGUUUGCUGACUGGGUGGUGAAGUUGCCUCACUACGAUGCGUCAAAGUGGACGUGUACUAGUGAGCACAUUGAGGACAAAGUGGGUGUGGCCAUUCAGACAAGAGUAGAGAUCAUUCGCUCAGAGCAUGUGAGGUUUAUCUCUGAUCUGGCGAGAUACAACAAUGAGAUCAUCACAAGCAGCAAUUUCUCCCUGAAUGACCAGACUGCCAAGGAGCUGACAGACAUGGCUCAUCAGGGCAUCAAGCUGCUCACCAACUGGACAACAGCUGUCAUGGAACUGUACUCAUGGAAGCUGCUCCACCCCACCAAUGAGUAUGACAACAAAGACUGCCCCAAGGAAGCUGAGGCCUAUGAAAGGGCCACUCGAUACAACUACUCAGGCGAGGAGAAAUAUGCACUGGUGGAGGUGAUUGGGAUGAUCAAGGGACUCUCCCUCCUCAUGCACAGAAUGGAAAGACAUUUUUCUAAGGGAAUCAGGCGGCACAUCUAUCGACUCACCCAGGAGUUUGUGCAGAUCUCAGUAAGAGAGAGUAUCAGAAAAGCAGUCAAAGGAAAGAAGCUACAAACCAAAACUGUUCUCUUGGCUGUCCGUGAUGUGUGCAUAGACUGGUUGGACGGGAAGGAGAGGAAUGAUGAUCCUGCCCUGCGUGGGGACAAGGACCCUAAAUCAGGGUUCCACAUUGAUGUGCCUCGACGGUCCAUUGGGAUGUCAAGCACUCAGCUGUACAUGAUGAGGACUAUGUUGGAGUCUUUGAUCUCUGAAAAGGGUGGUCGCAAGUCACUGAGGGUUGACCUCAAAGAGAGCUCCAUCCCAGAGUUUGAGGCCUUUCACAAGACCAGCUACUUCUUCAGUCACCUCCUCAACUUCAGCGCCACUCUUCGAGAGUGUUGCGACCUCUCCCAGCUGUGGUUCCGGGAGUUCUAUCUGGAGCUUACCAUGGGGGUGCGUAUUCAGUUCCCCAUUGAGAUGUCCCUCCCGUGGAUCCUCACCAACCACAUACUGGAAAACAAGACAGCACACAUGAUGGAGUACAUCUUGUACCCACUGGACCUGUAUAGUGACUCUGGCCACUACGCCCUUCACCACUUUGGAAAGCAGUUCCUGUACGAUGAAAUUGAGGCUGAGCUCAACCUCUGCUUCGAUCAACUUGUCUACAAGCUCAGCGAGCAGAUAUUCCACUACUACAAACACCUGGCAGCAAGUGUAUACCUUGACAAGAGGUUUCGGGCUCAAACCACCCCCCACAAGUUUCCUCACCCCCCUCCUAACCGCUACGUCACCAUCCUGAAACAGCGGCACGUGCAGCUCCUUGGACGCUCCAUUGACCUCAACUCUUUGCUGGGACAAAGACUGGGGGCCAACAUGCUCAAAGCCAUCGAUCUGGCCAUGUCCAAAUUUGAGUCGAGUGAUUUAUGCAGCAUUGUGGAACUUGAAAUCCUCCUCGAAAUCAACAAACUGACACAUCAGAUGCUCUCAGAGCAUGUGACCCUUGACCCGUGGGAGUCCAUGUUUCGAGAGAGCAAUCACUCAGUGACUUCUCCCCAUGGCAGAAUCACAUUGCACAUUUUCUGGGAGCUCCAUUACGAUUUUCUACCCAACUUCUGCUACAACUCCACCACUGACAGAUUUGUCCGUGGCAAGGUGUCAUUUGCUGAUCAGUCUGAGCGAGAGAACCCUCCCAAAGGUUCCAGUGUAGUCAAUAUGCUCUAUGGGUCCAAGGCUCUCAGAGACGCCUACUACAGCAUUGUGAAACUCUACGAGCAGUUUGUGGGGCCCAUCCACUUCAGGACUAUGUCUCGUCUCCUCGGCUACCAGGGCAUUGCCAUGAUUCUGGAGCAGCUACUGCACGUCAUUGAGGGAAUGCUCACGCAAACUCUCAAACCCUACAUUGUUGCUCUGAUGCAAGGCAUGCCCCAGAAGUGCAAGCUGCCUCUCUACGAGUAUGGCUCUAAAGGAGUGCUUGGGUUCUACCAGGCACAGCUCACUCCUGUGGUGACCUACCGGGAUCUGCAGACAGAUGUCUUCCAGUGUUUCAAGGAAUUAGGCAACACUGUGCUUUUUGCCCUGCAGCUGGAGAAGGCUCUGGGUCAAGAAGAAGUAAUGGACUUGCUGCAAGCUGCUCCUUUCCAAAACAUGUACCCCAGGCCAUUUGUGAAAGAGGACCAAAGUGCAGAGAUAGUGAUGCAACACAUGGACCAGCAGUACGCACCAUUGCACCUUGUCUCCAUGGUCACCAAGCAUGGCACUUCCUUCCAAGCUGCAAAUGCCAAGGACAGUGACCUCCUCACUAAAGAGAGACUGUGUCGAGCUCUGAGUAUGUUCGAGGUGCUGAUGCAGAGAAUAAAGGGCAUAAUAGCAGAAGACCUGGUGUGGAACGGCCCUCCUCCAGUUAACGGGGUGAUGAGCAUUGACGAGUGUCAGGAGUUCCAUCGCCUUUGGAGUGCCAUUCAGUUUGCCUACUGCACUCCCCCCACACCUGGACAAAUCACUGUCGAGGAGUGGUGUGGUGAGGGUUUACAGUGGGCUGGUGCAGUGCUUAUCACUCUACUGGGCCAGCAGAGACGGUUCGAGGCGAUGGACUUCUGCUACCAUCUGCUCAGAGUACACGAAGUGGACCGGCAAGAUGCAGACCUGCAAGGAGUGAAUCUGAAGAAGAUGGUCGAGCGUAUUCGAGCAUACAAGAAUCUCAACUACCAAAUUUUUGGCAUCCUAAAUAAGCACCUUGCUAACAGUGAAGUGCUUGCUAAGCCUAUCAGAGAGUAUCAACCACCCAUCUUCCAAUAGCCUUAGCUUACAGAUUUUUUUUGAAUGUCUUGUAUACCUGUAUGUGUGAUAACAUUUAUGCACAGAAACUUUUAGAGUGAUAUGUGUAGUAGAUAGAUAACCUCAAUUAACUGCAACUAUGCUUUUGCAUUGUCAUUGUAUUUUUAGAAUGGAUUGUUUAUUGGUAAA